GUUGGUUGAACCUAAACACACAGAAACAGGAAAUGUCCUAUUAUGGACGGGUGACUCGAACAUUCACUUCCGUUUGGGUGUGAGCUCGAAGCAGAGUCCCGAGAAGCGACAACAACUUCUUCUUUUGGCCUUUUCGUUUUUAACAAGGAUAAAAAUGUCCAAGUCCUUGAAGAAGAUAGUGGAGGAGAGUCGGGACAAGAACCUUCUGGAGGUGGAGAUGUGCGACCGGGGGAUUUCGAACAUGCUCGACAUCCCAGGACUCUUUACUCUGUCCAACAUCACUCAGCUGGUCCUCAGUCACAACAAACUCACAGUUGUUCCUCCCAACAUCUCUGAACUGAAGAACCUGGAAGUUCUGAACAUGUUCAACAACCAGAUUGAAGAUCUUCCCACUCAGCUCAGCAGCCUGCAGAAGCUGAAACACCUGAACCUCGGGAUGAACCGUCUGAGCACUUUGCCCAGAGGAUUUGGUUCAUUGCCGGCGCUGGAGGUUUUGGACCUCACCUAUAACAACCUGAACCAGAACUCGCUGCCUGGAAACUUCUUCUACCUCACGACUCUUCGAGCUCUUUAUUUGAGCGACAACGACUUCGCCGUCCUUCCUGUUGAUAUCGGGAAGCUGACCAAGCUGCAGAUACUCAGUCUCAGAGAUAAUGACCUCAUCUCGUUGCCUAAGGAAAUCGGGGAUUUGGCUCAACUCAAAGAGCUUCACAUCCAGGGCAACAGACUGACUGUGCUGCCUCCUGAACUAGGGAACCUGGAUCUGACUGGUCCUAAACAGGUUUUCAAGGCAGAGAAUAAUCCGUGGGUCACUCCCAUCGCAGACCAGUUCCAGCUCGGAGUUUCCCACGUGUUCGAAUAUGUCCGUUCAGAGACCUACAAGUAUCUUUAUGGCCGACACAUGCAGGCAAACCCCGAACCUCCCAAAAAGAACACGGACAAGAGCAAGAAGAUCAGCCGCAAACCACUGGCUGCCAAGAACAAAUGAAUCCCAGCGGCGGACGUCACUGCAUGUGCCUUCUCCUCUUCUCUCAUCUUUGUUUAUUUCAACCUUUUCUAUUUUAUGGGAUUGUUAAUUACGUCCGUUUCUGCAUAUGCAGAUUUAAAUAUCUGGUCCAGUGGACUCUGGAUACUUUUUUACUCUUUUAACGGUUUUGAGUCCAAAAGUCAAAAACAUGACGAUUGUAAAAGUUUCCAGAUACCAAAGCAAAACGCAGAGUUAAUGAGUCCGUGUCUUUGUAAAUAACUCGUGCUGGCAGAGUUUUAGGCAACACUACUGUGUAUACGUGCAGACAAUAAAGACACAAUCUAGAGGCUUAACGAAUAUAUAACUCCUCUCCUGUUAGCAUGCGUUUUAACCCUGUUAGCAUUCUGGUCCAUGCAUUUCUCCUUUCAGCCAUGAAUUUGCACCUUUUUAUUUUAUUUUAUUUUAUUUUAUUAUGGAGAUACUUCUUCAACACAGCUGUGCAGCUUUUCAUAUAUUGCAUAGAGACUGUAGCUGAAUGAUAUCUGUAAACCCAGGAUGGAUUCUUGUCAUGUUUUGAAUGAUAGUGUUGGUGUUGGUGGUGUUAGUGUCGUAAAUGUAGUAAAUGUGCAGUUCUGAUUGUGAGGAGCUGAGAUGGAAAAGCUCUCAUCAGUUACCACUUCCACAAAGUGCCAUUUAAUUACAAUCACAGCACUGAAAGCAAUUAUUCCUCUAACGAACUUCAUGCUUCAUGUACAUCACUAACUCACAGUUUGUUCAGCGUUUCUCAGCAGCUGUUAUGUUUGUUCUAGUUGUUGAGACGCGGUUACAGAUAUUUUAUGUUGUAUUUAACUCAGUAUUAUCGUCCUACCACACGCUGUCUUUUCACUUUGUUUCCUGAAACCCAAAUAUAACACAGACGCACCAUCCUCA